GUUACCGCCGAGGGCAGAUGUGUAGAUUAAGAGCGUAGGCGGCUCAAAGAAGGAAAUUCGCAAUGCCGUUUCGCAGCAUUUUAUGCAAUUGAAGUACCAAAAAUCCGGAAGGAUUCGAGUGAAGGUUGGUGCCAAGGAGGCGACGUUGUUAACAGUCGACGUUCGGUUGGUCUGACACCUGUGACGCAACUUCAACCCCACGAGUUCCAAAACACCACCGAGCGGUCCGCACAUCCCCGCAUUCACCAUGAAGCCUGUGAUUGCGGUCCCGUUGAUAGCUGCGCUUGUGUAUCGAGCCUGGUCCCAUAAGUCCCUUACACCUGUUGGCAUUGCGACAGCUUUCGCUACAGCAGUAGUGCACGCGAUACAUCCGUGGGGUGUCUUCUUUCUGUUGCUUACGACAUUCUUCCUUGCUGGCACUGCAGUAACAAAGGUCAAACAUGAUGUGAAAGCGAGGCUUACACAAUCAGCCAAUGGCUCAUCUGGUGGAGAGGGAGCGCGCAACCACAUUCAGGUCCUUGCGAACUCAGGCGUGGCUUCCGUCUUGAUCCUGCUGCAUCUCUGGCAGCUGAAGAAGGAGGGAAGAUACGAGAGCAGAGAUCUGUGUUUCCACAAGAAGAGCGAUGUUCUGGUGGUCGGCAUCGUUGCGAACUACGCCGCAGUAGCCGCAGAUACCUUCUCCUCCGAGCUUGGAAUCCUUUCCGUGGUCAAGCCCUUCCUCAUCACCGCACCGUGGCGCACCGUCCCUCCUGGUACAAAUGGUGGUGUGACGACCACAGGAUUGGCUGCUGGCGCGUACGGGUCACUUGGUAUUUCGCUAGUAGCGUUCUUCUUUCUGCCCUUCUGCAGAGAGUGGAGCUCUCAAGAAAGCAUGAGAUUUACCUUCGCGAUCACGUUUGCUGGUAUUGCUGGAACAUUACUCGACUCACUGCUUGGUGCUCUUUUCCAAGCUAGUGUUGUCGAUGUACAUUCCGGCAGAAUCAUCGAAGGUGAGGGCGGCAGGAAAGUCCUCGUCCAUCGCAAGAAUCAACUGCAUCUCAAGAAGGGCGCUGAUCUACGAAGCAAGGUCAUCAGCAACGAGCAGGGCAAAGACGGCAUUGCGAAGAGCAGUGGUGUUGAUCUUGACGAGUCCAUGCAGGCAACGAGAACGAUGCAAAAGGCAGGAGCCAAUGGGACCGCCGUUGCUGACGGACAGCAUGAGAGCCGCAAGGUUGAGGUGGGCAGUGAUCUGCUUGACAACAAUGCUGUCAACAUCAUCAUGGCGGCUUCGAUAAGCAUUGGAAGCAUGUUGAUAGCAUGCGUCGUCUGGGAUAUGCCCUUCAGCAGCAUUACCACCGUUAUAUUCGCCCAAGCCUUUGCCAUCAACAACCGAGCUACUGCAGUUCAGAUCAACAUGGCUCUCCGCUUCGUCCCACCCAAGGCUCACGCCACCUCCACCCAGCUCGAGACCUCCGCGCCCUCCGCUCCCGGUGUUCACGACAACCUCCGUUCCCGCCUUGCGCAAACAUCGACAGCACCUUCGUCAACGAAGUCCGUCGAACUCCAGUCCGCACAUCCUCUUGAGGCUCGCCUCGUUCAGUGGCGCGAGACACAGGACCGCAUGAAGAUGGAGAUGCUGAGGCGACAGUUCGGUAUCGCGGAGCCGGUGAGGAGGGGUAUGGAGCUCAAGAUUGCUUCGGCGGGCGAGUGGCGGCCAGCUGCGCUCGGUGGCUCGAGUGGAGUGCACAAGGAUAUUCUGGAGGGACGGGACUGCGAGAUUGGCUGGGAGGAUGUGUACACUGGUUCGGAGCUCCGCCAGAUCCCCGAUUUCCACACCGAGAUCGAGCAGAAGAUGAAGAUGAACUGGUAGAGAAGAGGCGGUUUGCCUGGCGUAGCAUUUGUGCUGCAGAACGGACGGGGCUUUGAGCAUGCAUAGCUUGUGUGAUAUCAUACCUUGUUUCUCAAGAUGGUCACAAUAUGCGGUCGACGGAAACGCACUGCGUUGGUCUGUAAUAUGGCUCGAACGAACGAACGAACGAACGAACGAAUGCAAUGACAAACAACAUACAAGACAGUAUUCUAUACUCUUACCUGCUGAUGGAGCCGCUCAGAAUUACACUGUAACCUGCGGAAUCAUGGUCCGGAUCAGUAGCCGGUUUCCGAGCAUGCAUAGAGGUUAUUGUACACAAGAGAACAUGGAUGACAGAGAAAGUGCGAACUUAUCACGUGUGGUUUCGAAGCACGACAUAGCACUCCCAAGACGGCCAAAGGUAUAUGUCUCAGCAGAUCCAUUGUCUCUUGACAUGUUCCGUUACACUGGACAUCAAUAAGACUUCGUUCCUAAGAUAGACAAACAGUAAUUGCU